AUGAAAAACAAUUUAACGCGUACAAAUAAUGAAGUUGAUAAUAACCUUUUACUACCACAACCAGUAGCAAAAAGGCAAAGAAAACAAGAAAAUGCAGUGGAUCAAAUAGCUACCACCACUUCAAAUUUCUUAGAUGUUAUAGAUUUAACAGAAGAACAAAAAAAGAUUGUAUUACAACGUAUGCAAGAAGUAAAAGCAAGAUAUCAAACUUUUGUAGAAAAAGAUUCAAGCCAAAAGGCAAAAGAAGAAGCAAGAUUGGCUUUAUCGAUUUGUAAUUACAAUGAACAAGAAGUUCUUAAUAAAUUAUUUGGAAAAAAUGGCAACCAAUUUCGUAAAUUACUAAAACCUGCUUCACAAGAUAUAGAUUCAAACAAACAUAUUGAUCAGUAUUUACCAUCAACCACUACGACAGUGAUUAGUAUUGGCACUUAUCAUAAGUCUCCUACUUGGUGGUCAAAUCCUGGUUCAUUAUAUCAUCAUCCAAUUCCUAUUAAUUAUAAAGCCACACGCAUCGAAUGGAAUAAGAUUUUUGAAAUGACGAUUGAAGAAGAUCAAAAUACAGGAAAUCCGCUUUUUAGAGUUACAGCAAAAGGAACAAAUUCUACCUUUAUUGGCUCUACACCCACCAAACCAUGGACUUCAGUCUGUGUUUCGUAUAAAAAAUCUAGAGCAACACGUAUUUCAGGACCUUUGUAUUUUGGAUUUUCUGAUGUAUUAUUGCAGAAGUUAUUGACAAAAAUGGUGCAAGAUAGCGAUCCUGAAGAAUACUAUUAUAGAUUUGUUGGUGAAGGAGAAAUUCUUUGCACAAAUAAAGAAUGGAACGAAGAUGAAAGAAAUUUAUUUGAUAGUGGAACCAUAUUUCCAUUUGGACUUGUUUCACAGAAUAUUUUAAAUCGAGCAGGAUUUCAAUGUCAAUAUGAAUACAAUCGUCUAGUUACUACAGGUCAAAUAAAUGAGAUUGAUAAUUGCCCAGUGAAACCAUUACGUGUCAAUUAUGAUAAGUUUGUUAAACAGCUAGUAUCAAAUGGUCAAAUGAAAAGAGCAAGAAAAUAUUCUGGAAAAAGUGAUAAAGAUCUAAUUAAUAUUCUUAACAAGUAUGGCAGAGUUGGUAAUAAUAGUAUUGAUUUGAUUGAUAAUAAAUUUGGAAUUAAUUUUAAUCCUCUGAAUCCUGUUCUGCACCUGAAAGAUGCUAUAACUUUGGAAGAAAUGAAAGAACCUACAAUUUCUCCUGAUGGAUAUGUAUGUGAUUAUCAAACUUGGAUCAAGAUUCUUCGUGAUCCUGAUGCCAAAGAUACUUGUCCGUAA